AUGCCUAGUGCCACAGCUUCAGUCUACCAUGGUGCUUGGACCUUUGCAAACUAUGGCCCCGUAACAACGACUUAUACACCACCAGCGAGCUGCUCCGCAACAGACAGGAUCUGGCUCGGCUAUGUGAGUGACGGCUUCCCGCACCUACAAGACUCCGUGCAGUGUUCCACAUACCUCGACUACGAUGAUAAUUGGGACUGUGUCCCCACUGCCACAGCAACACCCACCUGGUCGUACCAAGAUGACAAAUGGCAAGGAAUAGGAGCCUACUACUCUCCAGGUCUUUACUGCCCUUCUGGAUGGGAGACGAUAGGCCUGGCUGCCCGUGAUGGCAAUAAGCCCGCUACUUCGUCGGGAUACGUGACUUCUGUUGCAUCGCUUGAACCUAUCCCUUACUAUGAGGAACCAGCAACUCUACUGGCCGGUAUCCUAGAACCUAGCGAGACCAUGGCUCUCUGCUGUCCCAGUGGAAUGACGGGCGCCAGUCUCGGUGGCUGUUACUCUGUGGUUUCAGAUUACAAGCCCAGUUCAGCCUGCUAUGUAUACACCGAUGACAGUUACGAUUAUAUAGAGACAACCAAGCUGGUGACCUAUGAGCAUACCACAAAAACACGGAUCUGGCAAACACCUAUCACCACAUCGUCUUUCACCUCGACUGUCAUUGAAACCUUUCCCGCAGAUGCUAGCCUCGAGGGUGUGGACGAGGAAGUAGUAGCAGCUAUUUCCUAUGUUCCUAUGAUCACGCUUGUACACCACCAGACCGAUCUUCAGUCAACUACCACAGGAACAGGAGCUAGAACAGGAGCGGCUGAUUCGACUGGUACCGCGUCUCAUGACACUUCUGCAGCUACCUCUAAUGCUGCUAGAAGACUCAGUCCCGGAGCAUCGACCUGGGAGGGACUGGGUGCUGUUCUGGGUGUUUCAGCGGCCGCAAUGGCGGUGGGGGCCGCUAUUAUCUUGCCUUGGUAA